AGGCGACCCGCCGAGGUGGUGGCGCGAGCUGGUGCCCGGCGGUCAAGAAUAUCAAAAGGAAAAAUCCCCCCUCGCCAUACCAAAACGAAGCUUCUGAUGCUGGAUUUGUGUACACAAAUCCGAGCUGUCUUGCUGGAGAGGACUGCAGGCCCAUGCCAAGUGUCAGUAGAGAGGUUUUGGCCUAGGCGUUUAGCAUGAAAAACGUCCGCGCUGUAGGCCCAGCUGCAUGACAAACCGCCUGCACAAUGCGGCUGAGCCUGCGGAGUUGCCUUCUUGCAAGACAGACGCGAUUUAUGGCCGCAACUCAGCAUCACAAAUUUCCGAAAGUCUACCUUUUCGGUAUGGGGAGGGGAGUAGAUUUUUCCUCGCGAUAAAGGACCGCGGUCCUUCGCCUUGCAGCCGCAGCCGCAGCGAGCUAUGCUGUGCAAAAGUAUCGUACUCGUAUUGCAAUCAUGCAUUACAAAUCUUUUUCUUGAGGUAGAUCAGCAUUAGAAAUUUCAGUUCUCAUACUGAGGAAAUUUGUAUAUGCAUUUACACGAGUGCGAUACUUUUGCACUUCAUACGAACACCAGGAGGAGAAAAUGAAAAGAAACACCCCCGACGACCAGGCGGGCGUCACCAGGGUCUCCUCGCAACGCCUCCGGAAAGUGGUGGCAGCGACGGUAAAAAGAGCAGUAAAGGGAGCUUCGUGUCGCGACAGGACCGGGCUGUGGCUCCGCCGGAUCCAGAUCCCUACUAUGAGAGUGCACAACUCCCCCUCGUCCCCCUCGUUUGUUAUGCAAAAUCUGCAAUCCAAGCGCUGCUGCGUGGUACUGUUUGCAUGACAGAAUUUUCCGGAAAAAGCCCAAACAGUACUAUUCUACUCUAGGCACACUAACUUGUCAUGCAUAGGCUUCACUGGUGGGGGUGUCUGUAUAGUUGCUGUUCAUGCAGAAUACAAAUAAGGGGGAACGAGGAGGAGUUGUGUACUGUCAUACCUACCACAGUGGGCGCAAAAAGAAGACCCCCAGUAGCGAGAUGACAGUAUCCACUGCAAAAAUGUCUGGGUCUGGAAGGUCAGAACUUGUCAUGCUAAAUCUGAAUGAUGCAAAAAUCUGUGUUGCGUGAGUACCAGAAGCUGUCCGCUUUUGACCAAAUUCUUGAGAGGGUAUUUCUCAUGCAGGAAAGGCAUGAUAGAGACCUCAAAAAAUCUGUCAUGCUGGGUCUCGCAUUCCAGACCUCAUGGCUCAUGGAAAACCUGCAUCACAAAUCUUGCAUUCUUCCAGACCCAGACAUUUUUACAUUUGAUAGACAGUAUCGGACUCCGACGCGAGCAGCCGAACCGCCGUUUAUGGAUGUGUCAGGAUCGAAAUCGACAAAAUCGAAAAAUUUGUGAUGCGUAAAAUGUAGGGCACUCGAGGCCUGUAUUGGGGAGCAGGCAAAUGAGACAGAUUGUAAGCCUGUUUAGGGGUAUGCAAUGUGCUGCCAGAGUACCAUGACAGGAGCAGUCUUCUUUGCUCAAACAGCAUGACAGACAGGAUUUCGGUGCUCCCGAAAUUUGUCAUGCGCCGCUUGCAAACUGAGGAUCCAACUGGUAUCGAUUUUAUGCAUCACAAGUUUUUCGAUUUUAUCAAUUUCGAUUCUGACACUUCCAUACCGUUUACGAGAACGAUAACGGGUCUUUUUUGUCUGGCAGCAGAGCGAAUGGCGGCGCGGAUUCCGGAGUGUUAUCCCGUGCAAAAGUAUGGUACUCGUAUUGCAGUCAUGCAUUACAAAUCUUUUUCUUAAGGUGAACCCGCAUUACAAAUUUUAUUUCUCAUGCUAAGGAAAUUUGUAAUGCAUUUAUACGAGUACGAUGCUUUUGCAGUUCAUAAGUCUAUGGAAGCGACAAUUGUAACCACGGAAUGUGUAUCAAAUACAAAAAAAAUGUCUGGGUCUGGAAGGUUGGAAGACUUGUCAUGCAGGUUUUCUAUGGUGCGUGCGGUCUGUCAUACAUGCCCCAGCAUGACAGACUCAUCUCCCCGACCUCUAUCAUGCCUCGUUUGCAUGAGAAGCUCCCUCUCAGCUUGGUCAAAAGUGGACAGCUUUUGGUAAUCAUGCAGCACAGAUUUCUGCAGUAUCCAGAAUUACCAUGACAAGUUGCGAUCUUCCAGACCCAGACAGCUUUGCAACGCAUAGUGUGCAUCAUGGGAGCACUAGAGAGUGGGAUGACCUCCGCGGUGGUCGUAUUAUUUGCAAAAACGUCCCCACACCAGAGUCAAGAUGGGAAAUCUGCUAGACAAAUCAGCCACCUUUGGUCGUUUGGCAUGACAAAUUUGUCCUCGUAGUGUCAUCCUGUUUAGGUAGUUCAGCAGCAUCUUAGAUCUAGUAUAUCAUGCUGAUUAUAGCAUCACAAAUUCCAAACACGCAUAGAAAAUGCUUCUCAUGUUGGGGCUCCGCAUGAGAAACAUUUUUGGCAUGCAGAUUUGCAUGACAACUCUGGGGUGGGGACGUUUUUGCUCAGGAUAGGACGACGCAACCAGAUUUAUUGGUCCACGUACAAAACAAGAAACCACAGUGCAGGAGGUCGCGCGGAACGAACUGGCGCGAUCUAUGGAUUGCAAAAAUGUCUGGGUCUAGGAGGUUGGAACUUGUAAUGCUAUCUUUCCAUACCUAGAAAAUCUGUAUUGCAUAAACAACAAAAGUCGCAGCCUCUUUUGUACAUGCCAAAACGCAUUUUUUUAUGCGGAUUGCCUAUGAAAAAGCGUUCUGGAAAGUUAUCAUGCUGGGUUGCAUUCGGAACUCUUCCCAUCAUCCACAUUGUAGCAUCACAAGUUUCCAGACCCAGACAUAUUUGCAUUUGAUACGAUCCAAGCAAGAGCAAGAUCGGCGGCGCGAGCGGAGGGAAAAUAUCCGGGAGAGACAGGAAAACGUGCGGUACGACCUGCUGGCCAUGUUGCGAAUGCGGCUCACGAGUGUGGUUGGAGGUGAUUCCUCGGGAGGUGGCAACGGGAUACUGUCGUCCGCGAGCGUGGGAACUGCCGACCGGGCUGCAGUAUGCCUUGCAAAAGUAUCGUACUAGUAGAAAUCGCAUUACAAAUUUGCUCAGCAUUAGAAACGGAUUUUGUAAUGCGGAUUUACCUGAAUAAAAAGAUUUGCAAUGCAUGAAUGCGAUUAGUACUACGAGUGCGGUGCUUUUGCACAGCAUAUGCAGGCCGAUCGAAUGGAAUCGGGGCGGGGGCCGCGCCCGAUCAUGAAGGUCCUUCUUACGAGCGCAUAUUACAAUGAAAAACUACCUCGCCUCCCCAUACUCAAAUGGAGAUUUGUGUAGCAUGAUUUGUGAUCACAAGUCCCGCUGUGAUGCUACAACGAAAGAGAUCCAGACCGUAGGGCUGGCUGACCUGAGUCAGCCUUGCGUCUUCAGCAUGACAGGAAGCAACUGGAAGCGGGAAAGAGCAUGACAAAUUGCCUGCAAGUGAGGCCGCGUCUGCGUCUCUUGGCCUUCUAGCAAUACAUGUAAAUUUGUGCACUCAAAUCCAGCAUCACAAAUCUCCUUUUCGAUACAGGGAAUGGGGAUUUUUCCUCACGAUAGCGCAACGAGGUAACCAUCAUCCAGGAUGUGCAAGAGUUGUGGGACGUCGGAGUGCGUUCUUCAGGCCAGUCUAUUAACUGCAAAUAUGUCUGGAUGUCUGGAAGAAUGCAAGAACUUGUGAUGCUGCAUUUGAAUUCCGGAAAACUCUGUAUUGCAUGAGCAGCAAUAGCAAAUAAGAGAAUGUAACUUUUGCUACGCGGUCGUAGGGGCAUUUGUCAUGCGGAAGAGGCAUCAAGAAGCGGUCAAAGAGUCAGUGAUGCUGGGGCAUGCAUCACAGACCGAUCAUGCUUCAUGCAAAACGUGCAUGACAAGACCCAGACAUAUUUGCAGUUGAUACAGUCAAUGUUGGACGAGGAAGAUAUCGGCGACGAGGACCAGCUCAAGUAUGACAGUGCACAACUACUCCCCCUCCCCCUCAUUUGCAUCGCAUAAACAGCAAUACAAGCGUCAGCAAGAAUGCAGGUUUUGCAUGAGAAAUUCGCACAGGAAGUUGGUCGUGCUAUUCAUUGAGAUGCCAAAACUUGUCAUGCAAACAGUGCAAAGAGGCACAGUGUUGGUUUUGUAUUUUGCAUAGACAAAUGAUGGGGAGGGGUAAGUACUUCUAGUUGUGCACUCUCAUAGCAAGCCGAGGUCGGACAGUGGAUCUCGAGGGCCAGUAGAGCAAUCAACCUUCGCUAGUCCUCUUACCGACAAAAACCUGCAUAUCCUGAGUAAAAUAAAACGUACCCACACCAGUCUCAGGAUGGGGAUUUUGCAACACAAGCCUAGGAGUUUUGUGAGUCACGCAUGACAAGUUUCAGUCCGUAAGGUGGUGCAAGUUAGCAAGGAAAGCCGCGUCACAAAUCGAUCUGCUGAUCCUGUUUACAGCAUUACAAGUUCCCAAACACGAUUGAAAAUGCCUGUCAUGGGGUUGCGCAUCACAAAUGUUCCUGUCAUGGCAAAUCUGCAUGACAACUCUGGUGUGGGGACGUUUUUACUCAGGAUACUGCACAGCCUUGCGUCCAGGACGAACCUUGCGUGUUCAAGGAACAUAUCCAGUGCAAAGGUCUCGUACUCGUAGUCAUUGCAGUUAUGCAUUACAAAUCUUUUUCGUUAUGUCAAUCAGCAUUACAAAUUCCAUUUCUCAUGGUGAGGAAAUUUGUCAUGCAAUUCAUACUAGUACGAUGCUUUUGCAUUUGAUAGAACACAGCACGCGGUGUCCACCCGGGACAGCAGGUCGUCCGGGUUUUUGAUCUAGCAGGCAAUCCUAUAGUAGAUGAUAAGUGGACGUCGACCACGAGCGGCGCCGCAGGUGGGAAGAACAAUAAAACUACCACUACAAAAACUUCUUCCGCUGAUGUGCAAGCACUAGUAGAGCAGCACGCGGACGCAAAGCCGGCACCUGUAGCUGCUCCGUCGAAAAUGAAUAAAGUGGAUGAAGAACAUAUCCCACGAAAAAACUGUUUCACUGUGAUGGUUUUGCAAGAUCCGCAUCACAAGUUUGCUACACAUGACACAGAAAAUUUGCCGUGCGCGCUUUCCAAGGGAAAACGCGCUUAAAAAUCCAAUAGCUUGCAGGUGUAGCAAGACAAAUAGUUCUGCGUUCUAUUCUAUGCAUCACAAGUUCAUAGUGAAACAGUUUUUUCUUGCGAUAGAACACCGGUCUGGGGUCGAGGAUGUUGAGCUGCGUAAUUGUGAAGAACCGUCGCCAAGAACGUCGUCGACCCGUCGUCACGGCAAAGAUGAUGAACAAGAAACGGCCGCCCGUAAGAAUCAUACUGAAGCUGCAGGUACAGGAUCUAAUACAGGUGCAGGAGCUCCUCCUGCGCAACAGCAACAUCCGCGUGAAGAGGCUGAAAAGACGAGCCAAAGCAGAAGUACCUCUGGAACUUCGGGCGCUCAAAAUAACCGGCAGCAUGCUGGCGAUCCACUUGAUAAGAUCGAUCAAACACCGUCAGGUUGUUGUGCUACAGGAUCCGAUAGUACAGGAGCUGCAGGACCUACUUCUCCUCCUCCUGCGCCAGAACAGCAAUCUAAUCAUGAAGAGGCUCCUUCUUCUCUAGUUGAUAAUAUCGCCGGACUCUGCGACCAACUGGCGCAGGUCUGCAUCAGGAAUGCUCCGAUUGAAGAUGAAAGUCCUGCUCUUGUUAUGGACCCAAUUGUUCAUCUCGGCAAGACCGCUAGUCGUGCAGAAGAUGUAGUUGCCAAUACCAAUGCCAGUGCGGAGCAGCAGGCGAGCCGCAGUAGAAGUGCCUCUAAAACUACUUCGGGCGGCGCUCCGCUUCAAUAUGCUGGUGGUGGUCCUCCUGGCAAGAUCAACCAAACGGCGGCGCAGCACCGUAUCGAGUGCAAAUAUGUCUGAGUCUGGAAGGUUGAGCCUGUAUUGCAUGUUCCGCAUUCCUAAAAAAUCUGUAUUGCAUAAGCAGCAAAUAGAGCGCCACGACACGUUCGUCAUGCAAAAGCGCAGUUCGUAAUGCGUUCUGCGGAUGAGAAAGCGUUUGAAACAUUUGUCAUGCUGCACUGCACUUACAGGCACAGUCAAGCAUGACCAUUCAGCAUUACAAGUUUUUCGACAUCCAGGGAUAUUUGCAAUCCUCCAUAGACCACCAUGAUCCACAACUUCCCCCGCUGAGUUCUUCCGACCCGACGUUGAUGACAACUACAGGAGCUGCGUCACCGGACCUUUUUGCCCCCGAAUGGGAACAAGAAGAGGAACAAGGGCGGCCCCUGUGGUCACGCGCGAUGUCCGAUGAAAUCUUGCAGAUGCGAUCGAGAAGUUCGUGUCGCCAACAACCUGCGGACGGGCGAGGACGUCCACCUACUGGGGAAGUUGCUUCAAAUGUUGACCCAGAGCUCCUGCAGCAAGAAGAGGAAGACCCCCUGGAGGCUGCGAUGGCUCGAACUCUGUGGCACCGUAGCGUUUCCGACCGCCCAGCCACAAGCACGGGGGCUUUGGAAGCAGAUAGCAAAACUGGGGGUCUUCAUCUCACGUCAAAUUACAAGGAGCUCCUGAAGACGAUGCAGAUGGACUACAAGAUAAACACGCCGGCGAAAGUUCCGAGUAGAGUCGCGGCGGAUCCGCUCUAUAAUUUUGGCACGGGACGAGCAGGUGUAGUGGCAAGGACGGAGAGUGGCGGGCGGGGAAUCAGGGAAACCGAAUCUUCCCUCCGACUCCAAACGGGCGAUCAUCUUCAAAGCCAGCAAUCUAGCGCAACUCCCGCUGCAGCAGUUGCGGUGCCGCAUCAACCGCCAGCAUCAAUUUUUCCAUCUCCUCUUCCCGCGGCGAGAGCCCCGUCUUCGCCGGCAGCUCGGGGCGGGACUAGCCACAGUGCUCCGGGGCAGCUGCAAGCGCAACUACACCAGGGGGGAGUUUCCCUACCGCAAGCUGUGACGCCGUCGAGCAGAACGGGGCAUCAGCACCACCGGGGCCCCCUACUGGGGGCUGGCUCUUCUACCAGCGGCCAUCAAGGGGCUGCUCUACCCGGAUCUACUUCGCUGUCCUCGGCACCCCCGCCACUUUCCGCCCGCGCGGCCAUUGAUCACACGCCUAGUACUAUGCAAGAUAAAAACUGGGUGAGUGUAGCUGUCUUGGAGUGACAGCAUGACAAAUUUGCUCUGCAUGACAGAGAACAAAACCUGUCAUGCACAUCAGCUAGUACUAGAAAAAACAUAUGAAAACAGGACUUCAUCAUGGCUGGCCAGCAUGACAGAUGUAUCUGUGUUGCGUACUUUGCAUUGCAGGCUUACAUCUACACAGUUUUCUUCUUGGAUAAGUACGCGGUCUGCCGGUUCGAGCAACACUACGGCAGCGGCCUCGGGGUCGGGACUAUCAACUGCAAAAAUGUCUGGAAAAUUGGAACUUGUAAUGCUAGCUCUGCAUUACUGGGAAAUCUGUAUUGCAUAAGCAACAAAGGACGCAGCCACUUUUGUCAUGCAAAAACGCAGUUUCUCAUGCGGACUUCCUAUGAGAAAGCAUUCUGGGAAGGUGUCAUGCUGAGCUGCAUGCAAAAGUGUUGCCAUCGUCCACAUUUUAGCAUCACAAGUUUCCAGACCCAAACAUAUUUGCAAUGCAUAGGGGCCGUCUUAUAGCAAAAGUUCGGCUAGCUCCUUCGCCCGCGUUGGUGAGCGCCUCAUGACCGCAAGGGAAACGCGUCGCACGACCGUGGUACCACAUCAACAACAAGGUGUUGUUGACUCGAGCACGACGUUGCAGCACGGCGGUUUAACAUCAAGCGGCCAUGUUCAUAUCUCGUCGUCGUCCGCUGCAGCGCAGGCUCAAGAACCCUCGGUGACGGGACGGCAGGUGACACUAGGAGCUGUUCCUGCUGUAUCAGAUUCUCAAGCGUUACGUUCCACUGAUGUUACGUGA